UAAAAGUGAAAAAUGACUGGUCGUGGUAAAGGUGGCAAAGGUUUGGGUAAAGGCGGAGCUAAACGUCAUCGCAAAGUGUUGCGUGAUAACAUCCAGGGCAUCACGAAGCCAGCUAUUCGUCGUUUAGCUCGUCGUGGUGGUGUGAAACGUAUCUCAGGACUCAUUUAUGAAGAAACUCGUGGUGUUCUAAAGGUAUUCUUGGAAAACGUUAUCCGCGAUGCGGUCACAUACACCGAGCAUGCCAAGAGGAAGACGGUCACUGCCAUGGAUGUUGUCUAUGCGCUGAAGAGACAAGGCCGUACCCUAUACGGUUUUGGCGGCUAAAAACUAAAUCCCAAAUACAAAUAUGUACAAGUACAGUCAUACCAAUCGGUCCUUUUCAGGACCAC